AUGUCUGAAAUUUCUUGUUCCAUUCAUCUCAUCGAUUUUGAUGCUGGGAAUCAACACAUCAGCCAAGCCUACAAUUUCCUCCGAAAAUUUAUGAAAAAUUCUCGCGAACGACAAGUAAAAUAUCAAAAGCUUCGGAUUGAUGCAUUGUCUUUGGCUGGGUUAAAUGCUUCUACUUUGGAAUUGCUGAUUGAACAGUGUAAUGAUGAGGAAAUGGAAGAAAAACUGUGUGAUGAUAUGGAAGUCAUGCUAAAAUAUAUUGAUUUUCACGGAGAUUUUUAUUUAAAAGCAAGUCAACGAUUACAGAAUCAUCAUAAAGUGAGGAAAAGAGCAGUUCAGCAGAAUGGAAUGUUAAUUUUGGAUAUGGAUUGGAGAUAUAUUACAAAAGAUUUAAUAUUGGAAGCUGUUAAAGAGGAUGGAAUGGCCAUUAAGGUCUUUGAAAAUAAUGGAUGUUGGGACACGGUAAUUACAACAGAAGCAGUUAAAAGUAAUGGCAUGGCUUUGGAAUAUCUUGGUUCAGAAGUUACAAGUGAUGCAAUUGUAAUCCUGGGAGCUAAUGACAAUCCAUUCGUUAAGACUACAACAGCAGUGACAGAUAGACAAGUGGGUAAUAAGGUAGCUCUGUACCUUGGAUUAUGUCACGAUACUAUGGGCAAUUGUAUUGGAAAGGAAAUUCUUGUUGAAGUCAUGAAAGUUCAUCCAUAUUCUCAAUACUAUUUGCAACAUGUUAACGAUUUGUCUCUUUCUGAAAUUAUCGAAUUAACCAAGUUGUCUGUGAAAUACUCUGGAGAAAUAGUUGAUAGUAUUAAUGUUGAAGGAUUUCCUGUCGAAGAGUCUGAAAAAUUAAUAGAAUAUGAUGGAAAUGCGCUGUGUUUAAUUAAUGAUGAAAAUCAAACAAGAGAAAUGAUACUCCAAGCUGUUCAAAAUAAUGGAGAAUCUUUGGAGUAUGCUAAUAUUGAUCUUGUUGAUGAUGAGAUAAUAGCAGAGGCAAUUAGAAAUAACCCAGAAGCUAUUCAGUAUGCCUUUGUGCACUCAGAUAAAACCGAUUUUAAGAGUUUCAUAUUGAAUUUGGCUAAAGAGAAUGGAGAGAUUAUUUGCUACACUCAUAGGGAAAUAAGGAAUGAUGGAGAUGUAUUGUUAGCUGCUGUGAGUAAUUAUGGAAUGGCACUGGGAUACACCUCAGGAGAGCUGCAAGAUGAUGAUGAAAUUGUAGUGACAGCAGUUUCUAAUUGUGGAUUGGCUUUACAAUAUGCCGAUAAUAGAUUGAGAAAUAGACCUGAUAUUAUUCUCAAAGCAGUAUCUGAAAAUGGACUUGCCUUGGAAUUUGCAUAUUAUCAGAAUGAGGAAAUUGUCCAAGCAGCACUCAAUCAAUCGCUAUUUUCCUUCCAAUUUAUUGACCCACAAUUUGUUACUAAGGAAAUAGCAUUACAAGUAGUUAACAAAUGUCCAUGGUUAUUUUCAGAAAGCAAUACGGAAAAUGUACGUGAUAGAGAGGUGACACUUUGUGCAGUUCAAGGAUAUGGACCAAAUUUGCAGUUUGUAUCAGAUGAAUUCAAGUGUGAUAGGGAAAUUGUAAUGGCAGCAGUUUCUAAUUCGGGAACUUCUUUGGAUUGGGCUCACGAGGAUUUACAAGAUGAUUACGAAAUUGUCAAGACAGCUAUAAUGAACAAUCCAAGUAGUAUUAAUUGUGCAUCUGAUAGACUCCUGUUGGAUCGAACACUUCUCAAACUUUCAAGAGAAUUGAAAGAUAAUGAAUAUGCUAUAGUAGAUUCUUGGGAAGAGGAGUUUGCUGAUACUCUGAAACGAUGCAGAGAAGAUGGUAGUCAAGAAGAUGAAGAUGUUGAAAUUGAGGAAGAUUUAACACCAAAAUCAAAAUUAAGGAAAUUUUAA